UGCCACAAGAAGAUGCACACAGGGGAAAAGCCAUUUAAAUGGAUGGAGUGUGGAAAGACCUUUGCUCAAAGAAGUACUCUUAUUUGCCAUAAGAUGAUCCACACAGGGGAGAAGCCGUAUAAAUGCGUGCAGUGUGGAAAGACCUUUGCUCAGAGCAGUGGACUUAGUUACCACAAAAAGAUCCACACUGGGGAAAAGCCAUUUAAAUGCAUGGAGUGUGGAAAGACCUUUGCUCAAAGAAGUACUCUUAUUUCCCAUAAAAAGAUCCACACA